AUGGCGCAGAACAUAAAUACAACUGAAGGAGACCAGAAUAUAGAUGUAAAUAGGAAUAAUUCACAGGAAGAUGAUGGUGGAAUUCAAAACUCUAUUUAUCAACAGUAUGUCUUUGUUUCAGCUAAGAGUCUGCGGAUAGAUAAGUUCCGUCUUGAGAAUGUCGCCAUGUGUUUUGCCACCUUUUGCUCCAUUAUAUUUUCCAUUGUCGCAUUAGCAACUCCCAUAACUCACCUUAAGGAAAACAAUAUUGAAAUUUCAAUUACUGCUUGGGGUAUAAAAAGAUGUAUACAAUCAAACUGUAAAUGGAAUUCUAUUGACUCCAUAUGUCCUAUAUUUGCUUCAGCUAUAUCCUUAUUUGUUGCCAUGAUCUUUGUACAUUUGUUCUUUGCUCUUACGGCGUUUAUAAUCAUUGGUUUUAUGGUAUUUGGCCGUAUAGUGUGGUCUAAGUAUUUAGGUAUAGUUUUUGCCUUUUUCUCUUUAGUGUUGGGAAUUGUAGAUGCACUCACUGCUGUGAGUAUUCAGCUUACUUACCUUUGUAGUGACAUUCCGCUGGACCGUAUGGGGUUCCGAUAUGGUCCUGCCGUUAUAGUGAUGUUCACAGAUAUCAUUCUGUUGGGUUUGACUAGUAUAGUAUAUAUUGCCCGUCUUUGCUGUUUCUGUACUCCUCGCUACUUUACAGAGUAG